GUGUGUGUCCUUCAGAGUCCUCCUUCGCACCCUCGUCGCCGCCUCUGAGCAGCCCGUCGCCCCAGGGAUCGAGGCCCUUCAGGCGCCGUGAGCGUCACACACAAUCCUCUGAUGACGGAUGGCGUCUUGCGGGGAAAGGUUUUACCGCGUCACGCAUAACCUUGAGGAGCCUUGAGUGGGCGUGUCCGUCCCCUCCGCAUUGUUAUGUAAAAGGAAGGAAGAGUGUGAUGCUUUCUGAUGCACCAGAUUCACUCUACCCACACAACUUUCCCUCUCCUCCAGGGUCGAUGGCCCUCCAUACCUUGAUUAGCGUUCCUAAGAAAGUUUUGCUUUCCUCGCCACUUCCUGACUUGGCUUGGCCACUGGAAGCAUAAAUAACCAACGACCUCACCCUGGUUGUUUUACCUCGCUUGACCAUAGUUCCGCAGCACGGGCCGACCGGCCAGGUGUGAGCAUACCGGACUUUCACCAAUCAGAUCGUCGGACGGGUUUGAAUCUAAACCACUUUCUCUCGGCGGUGGCGUAGCAGGUUGUGAAAGAGGCUCGGCGCGAUGUGCUGGGCGGGGGGAGGAGGGGGCGGCGGUCACCUCAGCUCCGGAGCCUUGCCACCUGAGCGCCAGAAGCCGGCCUGACUCGGCGCGGAACGGAGUGUUUUCCCUUGCGCUGCAGCCAUCCAGGGCCACGCCGCAGCUCAGGCAGUGCAGGUGUAAGAUGUGCUAGUCCCCGAGUGAUAACAAAACAACCAUGAAGCUAUUGGUAGUGGUGGCGGCCGUCACGGUGCUAGGAUGCCAGACUCAGGCCGUGGAGCUCGUGUGGGACGACAGUGACUGGAAGCCCAUCCUCUCUCCAUGCCCAACUUGCCGACAAGGGAAGGCUAUUAAUGACAAGGUUGUGGCCAGAAGUCCACAAGGCAGAACCGUCCCGGCGCCGCAGGGUUCAUCAGAUGUUCAAAUCACGUCACUGCCCAGUGGACCUUUCAUCAAGGAGGCAGACCUUGUCCACACUCUGUCUUCGAGCUUCGUCCGAGAGGCGUCAGUUUCCGCCUUACGGCCCAACAAGCCUCAAGGUGGGAAGUCUGAUCGUAGAAAGCCCAGCCUCGUUCCAAGUCGCCGUGCACAGUCCCAGCGUGUUUCUUCCGGCGGCGUGCAGUUGAUCUACCUUCCAGAGGGUUCCCUCCAGCAACUCAGCUCUGCCAGGGCUGCCCGUAUUAUCCCGACCCGAACACCUCUCCAAAAAAGUGGCGACUUGUUGGAGGUGUCCCCGCAGCCCUUGCCUGAGUUUGUGCAAAACGUGGGUUUCUCUGAUAAACAAAAAAGAGAUCAGUCGGGACGAAUAAUAUCAGGUGGUGUGUCCAAUGCCCUACCAGUAUCUAUUCUCACCACUCCUGACCAGCAACAAGAAGCCAAGGAAAAGUUGAGGCUUUUGGAAGCUGCAUUAACAGCUCCUGAGGAAAACCAACCAAAUGAGAAUGGUCGGCUGCCGCGAGUGUUCAUUGCUCCAUCUCACGUGGCACCUCCUCCAGGCUAUGUCAAAAUCCCUCUUGUGCCGCAUGGUGAGCCAGGUGCUUCCACCAUCCCGUCGGGAGAUGGAAAACUUCCGCAAACUUUCCUUACUUCUGACAAGAGCUCACCCCCUCCUGGCUUCAUCAAAAUCGAUCUGCCAGAGGGUGUGAGUCAGCUCUCACGGGGCAUCCCUGUUGUGGUUCCCAAUGACCUGCCUCCACGAUCCUCCUCAGAACGCACUAGAGCUCUAGAGAUCCUUGGUGCUAAUCGCCAGGCCCGGACCAGCAAGAGCCAGAGGCCAACAGUCCAAACUCUUCAACGGGAAGAAGCCAAAUUUGCUUCCACUCCAUUGCCGCCUCUUCGUGAACAGCAAGAAUCUCCUCGUCGACCAUCCCCAGCACGCGGCCAGCCUCGCUUUCCUUCACGCCCAGAGCAGCCUCCUAAUUUCCUGCAGUUCAGUCAACCCUCACAGCCCCUCCCUCAACCUAACCAGGCUGUGUCCAGACCCAACCAGCCAAAACAGCCCUUCCCUGAGCAACCACAAUUUAUCGCAGUAUUCCCUCCUUUACCCACCCAGCGGCCUGCCCAGAAAUCCACUCUCCAAGAGCAGUCUCUCCCACGACCUGUAAGCACUCCACGGCCCCUCCCAUCUUCCGUGCCUGAGGAACCUUUCUCAUUCACUGAGCAGCCCUUGCGACGGCCAAAUCAGCCCAUCACCCAGACAGACAGACCCUUCACCUCCAAAGAAACCACAUCGCAGACUAGCCAACUUCUUCCUCAGUCUAAUCAGCCUUCAGAGCCUCAGAAACCAAUCCCACAAGCCAAAAGACCCAUUCUGCAGAGUGCCCAUCGCAUCCCACAAAUUGGCCAGUCCUUCCUUCAGUUUGGCCGACCUUCAAGGCCAAAUCCAUCUGACCUGCCUUUGCAACAGCCUGAUAAACCUUCCUUACAACCUGUCUUGUCCUCUCAGCAACCUGAUCGUCCUUUCCAGCCUAACCAGCCAUUCCCACAGCCUGGCCAGCCAUUCCAACGUCAGCCAGGCCAGCCAUUCCCACGUCAGCCAGGCCAGCCGUUCCCACGUCAGCCAGGCCAGCCAUUCCCACGUCAGCCAAGCCAGCCAUUCCCACAGCCAGGCCAGCCAUUCCCACAACCUGGCCAGUCAUUCCCACAGCAAGGUCAACCAUUCCCACAACCAGGUCAGCUAUUCCCACAGCAAGGCCAACCAUUCCCACAGCCUGGUCAGUCACCUUCACAGCCUGGCCAGCCAUUCCCACAGCCUAACCAGCUAUUCUCACAGCAAGGCCAGCCAUUCCCACCGCCUGGUCGGUCACCCCCACAGCCUGGCCAGCCUGACCAGCCAUUCCCAAGGCCUGGACAACUUUCCCCACUUCCAGGGCAACCAUUCACACAGCCUGGUCAACCUGGACAGAAUGACCGUCCAUUCUCACAACCUAAACAGCCUGACCAGCCAUUCUCACAGACUAGGCCACCAUUCACGCAGCCUGACCAGCCUAUUGACCAUACUCACCAACCUCCCUCAUCGCCUCGUCAGUCCUUCCAACAAGAUGAGCAAACUUUCCCGCAACCAAGUCAACCCUUCCCCCAGCCUGGCCAGCCUUCCCCCCAGCCUGGCCAUCCAUUCCCACAGCCUGAUCAGUCAACUCCACAGCCUGGACAGCAUAGCCAACCUUCCCUGGAGCCUGAUCAAUCAACCUCACAGCCUGAUCAGUCAACCCCACAGCCUGGACAGUCUGGACACCGGAGCCAGUCUCCCCUGCAACCUGGGCAGGUCUUCCCACAGCCUGGGAAACCAUUUUCACAGUCCAGACAGCCUGGCAAAAUUGAACAAUCUAUCCCACAGCAAGAACAGCCAUUCCCACAGCCUGGACAGUCAUUCUCACGGCAGCCUGGACACUCAUUCUCACAGCAGCCUGGACAGUCAUUCUCACAGCAGUCGGGACAAUCAUUCCCACAGCAGCCUGGACAGUCAUUCUCACAGCAGUCUGGACAGUCAUUCUCACAGCAGUCUGGACAGUCAUUCCCACAGCAGCCUGGACAGUCAUUCCCACAGCAGUCUGGACAGUCAUUCCCACAGCAGUCUGGACAGCCAUUCGCACGGCAGCCUGGACACCCAUUGGCUCAGCCUAACCGGCCAUUCCUGCAACCUGGACAGCCUCCUCGUCCUCCUGGUCAGGUAUUCCUACGGCCUGACCAGUCUCCUUCACAACCUACCCAGCCUGAUCCUGCUAGCGAGUUCACUCUUCCACAAACCGGCCAAUCAUUCCCACAGGGUGCUCAGUCUUCACCGCCACGUUUCUCCCAGCCUAACCAGUCUUUCCCACAGUCUGACCCACCGUUCUCACAGACUCUUCCACAUUUUGGACCCCCUCCACGCCAGCCUUUCAAUACAUCUCCAACCCCUCCAAUCACAACACCCUUGAACAGUGAGUCAACUCCAGAAUCUGAGAUAAGACCCUCAACACUUCAGGCCACCCUGAGGCCCAGAUUCACAUCUCCAUCUACUCAGAGGCAAAGUUCUACUUUCGAUACAACACCAAGGCCGAUUUUAACUUCACCUUCCACCCAAAGACCAAGUUCCACCUUCCAGCCUACUACCAACCCGGGAUUUACUACCCGGUUUACCCAAAGGCCAAGUACUAUCUUCCAGACCACUCCAAGACCGAACUUUAUUUCACAGUCCACUCCCAAACCAAGUUCUACUUUCAGGACAACUCCCAGGCCGAACUUUGUUUCGCAAUCCCCUCCCAGGUUAAGUUCUACAUUCCAACCAUCUCUAUCACCAAAUUUCAUUCCACAGUCCACUCAAAGGCCACAUUCUUUCCAACCUACUCCAAGACCAUCUUUCACUUCCCCGUCCACCACUCAGAGAAUAACUCCAGCUUCUCGGCCAAGCUUCCCCUCUCUGUCUACUCCACACCCCAGAUUCCCAUCCAAUUCUUUUGUUACCCAGGAUGAAGAAAACACCUCUGAGCCUCCUUUCAUCCCUCACUCCUCACCAUUUACUACUCCCUCUCCUGCCUUCCCCAAAAUCACUAACCCCCUAGACACUGCAUCUGGAUCCCAAGCUCUUUCCAUCCCAGGAGCAGUGUCUCAUUCUCCACCAAGAUUUGCUUCCUCUGUCACUCCAAGACCCUUUAGCACCACUGUGAGGCCACAAACUGUCUCUUUUGAGGAGUCUUCAAAGCCUUCUUCACUUUCCUCCAAGAAGCCUUUCGUGUCUUCCACUCUGAGACCUCAACCAGUCUCCUUCUCAGGCUUCCCUUCACCUUUACCAACAUCCAUUCCGAAGCCCCAACCAGUUUCUCCUACCCCUCGUCCCCUCCGCCUUCCUACCUUUGCACCUUUUGGAUCAGUCAAGAGGCCACCAUCACGCCAGUCAGAAGACAAGAGACCCAAACAGUUCCCUCAUGAUCGCAUUCCUUCCUUCCGGGAUUCUCAAGAGUCUUUAGUUUCACAGCCACAGGCACCUCGAAGGCCAAACUUUGCGCCAUUCCAACCACCUUCAUUGACGUCCACCCAAAUUGAGGAACAGACCACUCCCUUCCAGCCUGAGGAUACCACUGAAAGAUUCCUCUCCACUGUCUCUAGCGCCCAGCCCUCAACCACCACCACCACCACACCCAGGGUCACCACCUUCAAGCCAAGGUUUGAUUUCAAUAUUGCUAACAGACGCCCGUUCCUUCGCCGUAAACAACAGCCUAAUAAUCCACCUAAUAAAGAGGAUGAGGGAGCGGUGAAGAAAGAAGCUGAUACAACACUUAAAAAAGAUGUUGGUGAGAAAAAGACAGAGACAGUCACUCUUUUCCCGCCCUUCUCUGUUGCCCGCACACUCAACCCUCUGCUAGCACAAAAGGAAGGUGCCAACGAUGAGGAAACUUCUGACGGGGUGAGGGUCCCUCCAACAGGUGUCUUCGGAAGGCGCCUCAAACCUCGAACCCGACGACCACUUAACCGUCCAAGGUCUGAGGAUUCUGUCACGGACAGUGACCCGGCCGAUGAGGACAUACCUGUAACCGGCACUGCGACAAGACUUGAUAGUCAAAACAGAGGAAGAGUUCGUUCCCAGUUAGGUCUCAGGGGUCGUGAACUCCCAGAGUGGCUGAAGGCUCGCCGGCGUAACCGUGGACGUGGACGUCUUAGGGGAACAGAAGCUCCCAAGGAGACGGAGAAUGAACAGUUAGAGGAUGCACCUGUGGACAUACUUGAGAACAAUGGGUUCAAUGCUGCAGAGUCUACCGUGGUAGAAUUCAGCAGCCCAUUUGAAAACAGAGUGGCGCAGCCUCUCAGCCCCCAUGAUGCCUUAAAACAGCUAGCAGAAGAUGCUGCAGAAGACAUUGUUGUCAAAGAAAUAGUAGAACACUUAGAUACUGCAGGGGAAACUGUGGUCGACCAUGUCACUUAUGCAGGCGAAAAAAUUGUUGAAACAGGCUCUCUUGGCAGACUUGAAAAUCCUCAAGAACACAGCGAGGAUUUCGUAGAGCAGCCUGCCUUCUCUGCCCGAUUCAGAGAGAUCAAGCGGGAGCCAGCAGAAGAGCCAGAACACAUCUAUAAUGAGCCCGAGCCUGAAACCAAGGCUGAGCCAGAGCCUGAACUGGAUGGUGAGCCUGAGCCUGAAGCUGAGCCUGAGCCUGAACCUGUGUCUGAACUUGAGGCUGAGCCUGAGCCUAAGCCCAAAGCAGAGGUCCUCGAUGAUGGCGCCACAACUGAGCCGGAGCCCGAGCCGCAGCACCAACCACAGUAUGUAUCUGAAGACGACCUUCCCGACAAACCAGAGACGCCCCUCCCUCAUUAUCGCUUUUCAAGGUUACCCUCAUCUCCCUCAACUCUCCCUGACCCCUUGAAGCCAGCCCCCAUAUCCUCCCCAGCCUUCCUGCCAUUUCCCAGACAGCUCCCUAGUGAGCCUUCUGUAAUUCAGUUUUCAGACCCCUCCACAGAAAAUCAUAAUAGCAGAGGUUCAUGGAAUCAGACUCAAAAAGACCAAGAAGCUGUGGCCCCAGAAAGCAUUAAUGACCCUUCCAACAGCGACCAUAAUGAUAGAGUGACUGUGGGCGUAGCCAGUACCCAUAAUAUCGACGAGGGGGCAAGGGAUCCUCUAGGAUACGAGAGUGACAUUUCCUACUACCAUGUUACCACAGAAUUUCCGGAGACCUCAUCUUUGUUUCCUAAUGACCACUUCACUACUCUUUCCCCAGGCGAGUCAGAGGACUACUACAGCUAUGAAUAUGAUGACCUGUACGACGACCCCGCAGAGCAGAGUAAAGAUCAGAAAUUCGGCGGCAGCAGUGCCCAGGUUGUCUUCGCUGUCCCAGUCACAAAGUAUGUUCCAGAGCUUGUGCUGACGACUACACCAGCGGCUGAGAGAGUCGAGGCUUUUAGUGAAGCCACUAACUCUGAGAUGACUAUUUUUGAGGGCAGCCAAGUGACCGCCGAGGGCUCACAAUGGGCCACCGAGACUCCUCAGGUGACCAGCUCACCCGAGGAUACUUCACAUAUGCUUCGAGAAACCACGGUGACCCAGGUGACCGAGGAAGUGCCCCAGACAACUGACGUGCCGGAGGUGACCGAUGAGAUGGUCGAGGUGACGGAAGAGGUGAUGGUGGUGACAGAGGUGGUGCCACAGAUGACUACCGAAGAUGCAGUAGCAGAAACAAUCACAGAAUCUCCGGUGACAAGCGAAACUACCUUGAUGCCUGACGACACCACUACUGAGAGGGAGGGCGCGGUGCAUCAGUCACACGCCGAUGGGACUUCCUCCACUCCGAAACCCGCUGCGCCUGUUAUCACAUUCCUUCCUUUUCCCUUCACCACUACCACCACCCCCACGACCACCUCUACCACCACCUCCAGGCCACGCCCAGUGUCCAUCAGGCCGCUUCAUGCUCGUCUGCUGAACGCAGGGAAGAAGAAAGUGUCUCCAAGCGUGGCUUCCGCCAAGAAAGAUUCUGGGGCUCUUAAGAUUGUGGCUAAAUCAACCGUGGCAGAGAUCCAGUCCUCUGACCCCGUCAUUUGCUUCCCUGGGCACCCCUGCGUCAGGGCCGUGGGUGUCGGGCGCCUCUUGCCUCCCUAAACACCUCAUCACUUCGCCUCAUCCCUAUACUUGCUCUUUCACACCCUUGUCGACCCUGAGUGAAACACAUCAGUGAGUGUUAUAUUCUUAAGCGAUCUUAAUGUCGCUCCUGUCCAGGUCUAUUUCAUAGUAGGUUUGAAAUAGCUAAACAUUGUAGGUAAAUCUUGCCAUACACCACAUAUAAACAGAGCUUAAGUCAUCCAUAAACAAUCAAAGUAGAUACGUUUGCAGAAUUUAUUGAUUAGCCUCUGUUACCUUUAUUGUACCAGAGCUAUUUGUUUUGGCAACUGUUUGAGAUGAACAUGGUUGCAAUGUCCCUCGUACCUCGUUAGUCACUUCUCAGGGUGGAAAAGGGUCACUUCUCUGUAGAUAUAUAAUUUAUUUCUAAGCCUUGGUGAGCAUCAGCUGGUCUGCUGCUCCUGAGGCAAGACCUCGAGCCGCCAGUGUGGGUCACCCUUCAGUCAUGUAUUGUACAUUAAGAUGUAUAUUAUAAUACUUGAGUAAAACGUUUUAUAUAUA